UCUUAUAUAAAACAUCAUGGUUUUUUUUAAAAAAUUAUAUAAAUAAAAAAUGUCAUUCUACUUUAAGUCUUAAAGCUAAUGCUCUAAUAAAAGUAUAAACUCCUUUAAAAAAUUUAUUUGAGUUAGGUUAAUUUAAAUACUUUUUCAAAAUUUAAUUGUCAUCUUCUAUAGCUUAUUUUAAGUUCUCAUUAAUUGCGUAUUUAACUCUUAAAUAGUUUCCAUAAAAAACAAUUAAAAUAAUAUUUCCAUAUCCAAAAGGGAAAAGUAUUCCUUCUAAAAUCAAUUAAAGAACUUCAAUAUUAUUUUUAAACACAAUAAUAUUUUAUCUUUUAUUUCUUAUACCAUUGA